AUGGGCACCCUCUCCCCGUCUCGCUCCUGCAUCAAGAUCGCCCCGAGGCCCGAGGCCGACGCGUCAGUUGCCAGGAUGAAGGGCCUCUCAAAGUCGGGGUUCCAGAGCUUCGUGGUGUCUGACAGGGCGGUGCGUAAGUCUUGGAAGGCGGCCGUCCGCUCUGGUGUCCAGCUGAGGCAUGAGAAAGGGCAAGAGAAAACACUGGUGGAAUGGUCUCCCGGGCUGGAAGAAAGACUCUGGUUUUCCUCUCAGAAACAUUCAGCUCUACAAGAGGCUAUAGAGAAUUGCCAAGAGUUUCUGAAUCAAGCACUAAACAAAGUUGAUGUAACUUUGGAUCCAGACACGGCAAAUCCCUUCCUCAUUCUGUCUGAGGAUCUGAAGAGUGUGCGGAGGGGGAGCAAAUGUCAGCAUCUGCCUGAGACCCCUCAGAGAUUUGAUGUCAUGAUGUGUGUGCUGGGCCAGGAGAGGUUCACUUCAGGAAGACAUUGGUGGUUGGUGGAAGUGGAAGAGAAUUUAGGACGGUGGGCUAUUGGAGUUGCGCAGGAGACUGUCCAGAAGAAAGGUCUUGUCCACAUAAGCCCUGAUCAGGGGCUAUGGGCUGUGGCUUCAUUCUCUGGAGAGAGGAUCUGCCCCUUUUUCCGUGUAUGGAAAGGGGCCAAACUAAAGUGCUGAAUGUGAA